AUGGGAUGCGCAUGUGCAAGAAAUAGCACAGCUCACGCAGUGAAACCUCCAAGAGAAGAAUCAUCAAAACCGAAGCUCAUAACGAAUGAAACUACUAUGAGCCAGAAACUGAAAGUGGAAGAAAAGAAAAGAGAAGAAGAUGACAUUGCUGCUGAAGCUUCAGACUUUUUGAGUCAAAUCUACAUGGAUGCUGAGAAGAAAAUUUCUAGUAGUGCUAUAUAA